AUGAGUCAUAUUGAACAGGAAGAAAGGAAGAGGUUUUUUAACGAUGACCUUGACACUUCAGAAACAUCGUUAAACUUCAAAUCUGAGAAUAAAGAGUCGUUUUUAUUUGCAAAUAGUCAUAAUGAUGAUGAUGAUGAUGUUGUUGUAUCAGUGAGUGAUACAACAGAAGGAGAGGGAGACCGAUCUAUUGUGCCAGUCAGGCGAGAAAUAGAAGAAGAAGGCCAGAAUCAGUUUAUUACAGAGCUUUUAAGGAUUAUUCCAGAAAUGCCAAAGGAUCUUGUGAUGGAACUUAAUGAAAAAUUCGGCAGUCAGGAGGAAGGGCUCUCUUUAGCAUUAUCACAUUACUUUGAUCACAAUAGCGGGACGUCUAUCAGCAAAAUACCGUCUUCCCCGAAUCAACUAAAUACACUCUCAGAUACCUCAAAUUCAACCUUGUCCCCAUCUUCAUUCCAUCCUAAAAGAAGAAGAAUAUACGGGUUCAGAAACCAAACACGAUUAGAAGAUAAAGUUACUUGGAAAAGAUUUAUAGGUGCUUUGCAAGUCACUGGUAUGGCUACCAGACCCACCGUCAGGCCCUUGAAGUACGGCUCUCAGAUGAAGCUAAAGAGAUCAAGUGAAGAGAUUUCUGCUACUAAAGUAUAUGACUCACGUGGUAGAAAGAAAGCGUCCAUGGCUAGUUUGGUAAGAAUUUUUGAUAUCCAAUAUGAUAGAGAAAUUGGCAGAGUUUCGGAAGACAUUGCUCAAAUACUAUACCCUCUUUUAAGUUCACACGAAAUAAGUUUUGAAGUUACAUUGAUUUUUUGUGAUAAUAAACGGUUGAGUAUAGGUGAUAGCUUUAUUCUACAAUUGGAUUGCUUUUUAACAUCUCUCAUUUUUGAGGAACGUAAUGAUGGAGAAUCCUUGAUGAAAAGAAGACGUACAGAGGGAGGAAAUAAAAGAGAGAAAGACAAUGGAAAUUUUGGAAGAACAUUGACUGAAACUGAUGAAGAGCUAGAAAGCCGCUCGAAAAGACUGGCUCUACUAAAGUUAUUUGAUAAAUUGAGGCUAAAGCCUAUUUUGGACGAGCAGAAGGCAUUAGAAAAGCAUAAAAUAGAGCUUAAUAGUGACCCCGAAAUCAUUGAUUUAGAUAACGACGAGAUUUGCUCUAAUCAAGUGACUGAAGUCCAUAACAAUCUCCGAGAUACUCAGCACGAAGAAGAAACAAUGAACUUGAAUCAAUUGAAAACAUUUUAUAAGGCCGCACAAUCAUCAGAAUCUUUAAAAAGUUUGCCUGAAACAGAACCUUCUCGCGAUGUCUUCAAGCUAGAACUAAGAAAUUAUCAAAAGCAAGGUCUUACUUGGAUGCUAAGGAGGGAGCAAGAGUUUGCCAAAGCAGCCUCUGAUGGUGAGGCUUCAGAAACGGGUGCUAAUAUGAUAAACCCAUUAUGGAAGCAGUUCAAAUGGCCAAAUGAUAUGUCGUGGGCAGCUCAAAAUUUGCAGCAGGACCAUGUAAACGUUGAAGAUGGCAUAUUCUUUUAUGCGAACUUACAUUCUGGUGAAUUUUCGCUAGCAAAACCUAUAUUAAAAACUAUGAUAAAGGGUGGCAUAUUAUCAGAUGAAAUGGGGUUGGGUAAAACAGUGGCAGCGUAUUCUUUAGUUUUAUCUUGUCCUCACGAUAGUGAUGUUGUUGACAAGAAACUGUUUGAUAUUGAGAACACAGCAGUCUCAGAUAAUCUUCCAAGCACUUGGCAAGAUAAUAAGAAACCAUAUGCUUCAAAAACAACGCUAAUCGUGGUCCCAAUGUCUUUGUUAACGCAGUGGAGUAACGAGUUUACAAAAGCUAAUAAUUCCCCCGAUAUGUAUCAUGAGGUGUAUUAUGGUGGGAAUGUUUCCAGUUUGAAAACCCUAUUAACCAAGACAAAAACCCCUCCAACUGUAGUCCUUACUACAUAUGGUAUUGUUCAAAAUGAAUGGACUAAACAUUCCAAGGGAAGGAUGACAGAUGAGGACGUCAAUAUAUCUUCAGGCUUAUUUUCUGUCAAUUUUUAUCGCAUAAUAAUCGACGAGGGUCAUAACAUUAGAAACAGAACGACAGUUACAUCUAAAGCAGUCAUGGCUUUACAAGGCAAAUGUAAAUGGGUUUUAACAGGAACACCAAUUAUUAACAGGCUUGACGAUUUAUACAGUCUGGUUAAGUUUUUAGAGUUAGAUCCCUGGCGGCAAAUUAAUUACUGGAAGACCUUUGUAUCAACGCCUUUUGAGAGUAAAAAUUACAAACAAGCAUUUGAUGUGGUGAAUGCAAUUCUGGAACCCGUAUUGUUAAGAAGGACAAAACAAAUGAAAGAUAAAGAUGGUAAGCCAUUAGUAGAGUUGCCACCAAAGGAGGUCGUUAUUAAAAGACUUCCCUUCAGUAAAUCUCAAGAUCUUCUAUACAAGUUUCUGUUGGAUAAGGCUGAAGUUUCUGUUAAAUCGGGUAUUGCACGCGGUGAUUUAUUGAAAAAGUACUCCACUAUCCUUGUCCAUAUUUUAAGAUUGAGGCAAGUCUGUUGCCAUCCCGGUCUUAUUGGGAGUCAAGAUGAGAACGAUGAGGAUUUAUCUAAAAAUAAUAAAUUGGUUACGGAACAAACGGUGGAGCUUGACUCUUUAAUGCGUGUUGUUUCCGAGAGAUUCGAUAACUCAUUUUCUAAGGAGGAAUUAGAUGCAAUGAUACAAAGAUUAAAAGUUAAAUAUCCAGACAAUAAAUCGUUUCAGUCCUUAGAGUGCUCCAUCUGCACAACGGAACCUAUGGAUUUGGACAAGGCUUUAUUUACAGAAUGCGGCCACAGUUUUUGUGAGAAAUGUUUAUUUGAAUAUAUUGAGUUUCAGAACAGUAAGAAUUUGGGUUUAAAGUGCCCCAAUUGCCGUAACCAAAUAGACGCUUGUCGGUUGUUGGCAUUGGUACAAACGAAUAGCAACUCGAAAAAUUUGGAAUUCAAACCAUAUUCACCAGCCUCCAAAUCAAGCAAAAUCACUGCUUUAUUGAAGGAGCUUCAAUUGCUACAGGAUAGUUCGGCAGGCGAACAAGUUGUCAUUUUUUCCCAAUUUUCUACAUACUUGGAUAUCCUGGAGAAAGAGCUAACUCAUACUUUCUCAAAAGAUGUUGCAAAAAUUUAUAAAUUCGAUGGACGUCUCUCAUUAAAAGAAAGAACUAGUGUAUUAGCAGAUUUUGCCGUUAAAGACUAUAGCAGGCAAAAAAUCCUAUUACUCUCGCUGAAGGCUGGUGGCGUGGGUUUGAAUCUAACGUGUGCUUCCCACGCUUAUAUGAUGGACCCAUGGUGGUCGCCCAGUAUGGAAGAUCAGGCAAUCGAUAGACUGCAUAGAAUUGGCCAGACAAACAGCGUCAAAGUUAUGAGAUUUAUCAUACAAGAUAGCAUAGAAGAAAAAAUGCUACGCAUUCAAGAAAAGAAGAGAACCAUCGGUGAGGCCAUGGACACAGACGAAGACGAGAGAAGAAAAAGGAGAAUUGAAGAAAUCCAGAUGCUGUUUGAAUAG